AUGGCCUCCAAGCUCGCCCACCCGCUCCUGCACGCCCUCCGCGCCGGCGGCCCCGCGUUCGGCGCGUGGCUCACCCUCCCCGGCGCGCUCUCCGCGCGCACCGCCGCCGCCGCGUCCCCGCACCUCGCCUGGCUCGUCGUCGACUGCGAGCACGGCAUGACCGCGCUCCACCCCGGCGCGGGCGAGAGCAUCGCCGCCGUCGCCGCGCUCGGGCCCCGCGCGCCGAGCACGAUCGUGCGCAUCCCCGCGACGGGCGCGUGCGCGGACGGCUCCGCGGGGUGGCAGAUCAAGUACGCGCUCGACCAGGGCGCGCGCGGGGUGCUCGUGCCCAUGGUCUCCACCGGGGCGCAGGCCAAGUCCGUCGUCGCUGCCGCCCGCUUCCCCCCACAGGGCGUGCGCGGAUUCGGGAGCCCGUUCACGCAGCACGCGUGGGGCGCGGACGUCACGCCGGGCGAGUACCUCGCGCACGCGAACGACGCCGUCCUCGUCCUCGUCCAGAUCGAGACGCGCGACGGGGUCGCGAACCUCGACGAGAUCCUCGCCGUCGACGGCCUCGACGGCGUCUUCAUCGGCCCGUACGACCUCUCGCUCGCGCUCGGCCUCCCGCCGCCCUCGCCCGACCCGCACCCCGAGGCGGAGACGGUGAUCCAGACGAUCCUCGCCAAGGCGCACGCCGCGGGCAAGAAGUGGUCCGUCCCCCUCCGCCUCUCCUUCCGGUCCCUCCCGCGCCCAAACCCUGUUACUAACUGUCGCGAUCUACUGCACCGGGGCACGCAGGCCGCGAAGCGCGCCAAGGAGGGCUUCGACAUGGUGAACGUCACCUCGGACAGCGGCGCGAUGUCCGACGGGAUCGCCAGGUAG